AGGUUGUCGUUGUUCACUUUCUUCCUCAAACGAUAACAAUAAAAUAAUAGAAUAUUAACAAGGAAAAGAAAAAGCUCCAUGUUCUGUCUCCAAUGGCUGGAGCUGCUGCAACUACACCACCAUUAAUCAAUCUCACACACUCCUCCAAGCCUCGUCGCUUCUCUGCAAACAACAUUCCCUUCUCUUACCAACGCUUUUAUUCCGGAUUCUACCUCAACCGCAGUCUAAAGCCCAUAACCACCAAAUGUCAUAGCAAGCUGAACAGUUCGGGUGGGGGAGAGCCACAUGAGAUGGAUGAAGCGGAUUUUUAUGAUGAGUAUGAUGGAAUUGAUGAUGACAGUGACGACGAGGAUGCAGAAAGUAGUGUGGAUUUGUUGAUCAGAUUCUUUCAGAGCAUGUUUAAGAAAGUGUCUAAGCGAGCCAAGAAAGCUUCUCGCUCUGUUUUGCCCACAGUAAUAUCGCCCCAGCUUGUUUCUUUUGCUGUUGAUGGAACUCUGCUACUUGCUUCGCUUUCUGUUGUCAAAGCGCUGCUUGAGGUCAUGUGCACUCUUGGAGGCACUGUAUUUGCUGCAAUUCUGGUCCUGCGUGUGAUUUGGGCUGCAGUUUCUUACUUUCAGUCAAGUGGGAAUAGCUUCAAUCAAGGGGGAAAUUCAUUUGGUGCCGUGGCCUAAAGGCCCAAACCGCUUUUCAACCUUUAGCAAAAGAUGGCCAAUGUAAGUUUUUUAAGAUGAGAAUGAGAUUUGAACUCAUGAUCUUGUAUAAAUAAUUGAAAUUCCUUGUUACUUGCCUAAUGGCUUAUUCAUGUUAGUUUUAUGGCAUGCAAAUGAAGUAUUAGUAGAAUUUUCUUGGGGUAUAUAUUUUACUUGAUUAUCUUUGAUCUUAAA